GUGAUGCAAGGCCUCCACCACCAAAAGCAGCAACUAGCCGCGCUUCUCUCUGUCGCUCUUCCCAAGGACGAUUCCUCUCCCCCCUCUAAACCCCCCAACUCCGACGACGAUGACUCCACUCGACUCGCCGCCCUCAACUCCCUCCACCGCGCCAUUCUCUACCCUCCCAACUCCCUCCUCAUCACUCACUCCGCCUCUUUCCUCGCCCAAGGCUUCUCUCAACUUCUCUCCGAUAAAUGUUGUGGGGUGAGGCAAGAGGCUGCGGUGGCAUUUGGUGCUCUUUGUACUGUGGUUUGCUCUUUGUGCUGUUUGUGCUUUUUGGAAUGUCAAUUUUACAUUAACAGGUGUAUGACUUAUACAGAGCAAAAGGUAUUCCGCUGAGAAAAUAGAAAAUGAGGAUGGGGGAAUGCUAGUUCUCUUGUAAUGGGACACAUUUAUUUUUUCGACGAAGAGUAAAUAUUCUGCGUCAUUACAAUAAAUUACAAUAAAUUCCUUGUAUUUAGGAAGCUAUGCACCGAUGUGCACUCUAUGUAUCCUUAGCG